GACCGGUGGGCGUGGCUGAGACGUGUCGAACCAGACUAGCUAGAGGUGCUUCCCCGAGUGUCGGCACCGGGAAGGCUGUGUUUAGUCCUCCUGCACUUCGUGGGCCCAGCGGAACAGCGUGGGGCGGCGGCGGCGGCGGAGGCCCGGGCUGGGAGCGGCAGCCUCCGGGAGCCCAGCCAUGGCCGAGUCGGUGGAGCAGCUGCGACAGCGGGUUGAGGAGCUGGAGCAGGAACUCGCCCGAGAGAGAAACCGAUGGGCUUUGGAGGUCGGCCACGGAGUGGGUGGCCGGGCCCGCAUCGAGAAGAUGAGCUCCGAGGUGGUGGACUCCAAUCCUUACAGCCGUCUGAUGGCCCUGAAGCGGAUGGGGAUUGUCAGUGACUAUGAGAAAAUCCGUACCUACGCUGUAGCAAUAGUAGGUGUUGGUGGAGUUGGUAGCGUGACUGCUGAAAUGCUGACAAGAUGUGGCAUUGGUAAGUUGCUACUCUUCGACUAUGACAAGGUGGAACUCGCCAACAUGAAUCGACUUUUCUUCCAGCCUCAUCAAGCAGGACUGAGUAAGGUCCAAGCAGCAGAGCACACUCUGAGGACCAUUAACCCUGAUGUUCUGUUUGAAGUUCACAACUACAAUAUCACCACAGUGGAACACUUUGAACAUUUCAUGAGUAGAUUAAGUUUGGGCGGACUAGAAGAAGGAAGACCUGUUGACCUAGUUCUUAGCUGUGUGGACAACUUUGAAGCACGAAUGGCAAUAAACACAGCUUGUAAUGAGCUUGGUCAGACGUGGAUGGAAUCUGGGGUCAGUGAAAAUGCAGUUUCCGGGCACAUCCAGCUCAUGAUCCCUGGAGAGUCGGCUUGUUUCGCGUGUGCACCACCACUUGUAGUUGCUGCAAAUAUUGAUGAAAAAACCCUGAAACGAGAAGGCGUCUGUGCAGCCAGUCUCCCCACCACCAUGGGAGUGGUUGCAGGCAUCUUGGUACAAAAUGUAUUAAAGUUUCUGUUAAAUUUUGGCACUGUCAGUUUUUACCUUGGAUACAAUGCAAUGCAGGAUUUUUUCCCUACUAUGUCCAUGAAACCAAACCCUCAGUGUGAUGACAGAAACUGCAGGAAGCAACAGGACAAAUACAAGAGGAGGGCAGCAGCACAGCCCACACAGCAGGCUGCACCUGAGGAGGAGGGGCAGGAGGAGGUGCUGCAUGAGGACAACGAGUGGGGUAUUGAGCUGGUGUCUGAGGUUUCAGAAGAGGAACUGAAGAAGUCUUCAGGUCCCAUUCCCGCCUUACCUGAAGGAAUUACAGUGGCAUACACAGUCCCAAAGAAGGAUUCUGUUUCUGAAGUAACAGUGGAAGAGUCUGGUGAAAGCUUGGAAGAUCUCAUGGCCAAGAUGAAGAACAUGUAGACAGUGGACCAGCAUCUGUUUUAUUUCCUGUGCUUACGCUGUUCCCUGGGGAUUAAGUCAGAACUAAUAAAUGUAGGGCUGCCUUCACUGGCAUGUGCAUCUUGACAGAUUGUUAGCUGUAUGGAACACGAGUGCUUGCCCCCUGCUUCCUCUGUAACCGAAUCAGAAACGCAUGUACGGAAGGAAAGGAGAGGAGGGGUCCAUCCAUUAUGUGAUUUCCUUUACAGUAAUUUCCUGUCUGUGGCCUGAGGCCCAGAUGGAGGAUGGUGCCUGGUGCCUGUGGCCGGCAAGUUUCUGGGUGAAUGGCUUCCUACUGGACUGUUACCCACUAAUAAUCUGACCAUGGAUGACUUUAAACAGCCUGUAAGAUAGCCCUCAGAUGCUUCUCAAUGAAAUACAAGCAAAAGGUCUUCAUUGGCAGUGUG